AUGUUCUCACUGUGCCGCCCGCACGACGACAAGCCCUGUUGUUCGACGGACGCGAGCAGCGUGAUGGAGGACAAUGACAGUGAUUUGAAGACGUUGAUCGCGAGGAAUCAUCAGAUCAACAAGCAGAUCGAAGCGGACCGCCUGGCGCAGCAGAAGAUCAUGAAGAUUUUGUUGUUGGGUAAGUGUGACGUCAUGUUUUGAACUAUUUUUUGGAUGGGGUUUUUGAGGAAAAAAGGCGUGUUUCUCAUAGGGAAAGAGGGCGAAAUGCAAGGCUAAGAUUUAAUAGUCAAGUUUUGGGGAAAUUUAGAUUACUUUUUUCUGACAAAUUCUUAGUCCGCGCUUUGCAGAAAUAACUGAAAUUUAUUUGCGAUUUUUGGAAUAAAAAAUUUUUAAAGGCUAUUUCUAUCGAGAAGGUUACAUUUUUUUCAAUUUUUCCACCAAAAACAGGCUAAUAAUUGAUAAAAAAAACGUUUUUUACCUGCCCACUCUCCGAAUUUUUUGUACUCUCUUGCUGGCAAAGAUCCUUGGAUUUCUCAGAUGCGCUUGCAAAUCGCAAAGUAAAAUUCUUAGCAAGCGAUAUGCGGCGUGUUUAGGAUUCAGUGAGAUCUCAAUAGAACAAAUUCCCGUAUAAUAGAACCUGCCUAUAACAAACAAUUUCGAAGGCCCAAAAGUCAUUUUUUAGCCAAAUGAACCUUCCUACAACAAAGCCCUUCUUCCAUCAGUCUGUCGGGAAAAUAAUGAGCACUCUGUCGCAUCGAAAAUCGCAUUGCCGCCGAGAAGAUGAAUUGCGUCGCGUCAAAAUCGAAAUUGUUUUUGGUAAAAGUUCCUUAUUUUGGCCACAACUUAUAACUUUGCGGAAACCGGUCGGAAUUAGCCCAAAUUUAGCGUGCACGCUCUAAUUCAUCGUUGUCAAUGCCCCGACAGUGGAUUUAGUUAGUGAGGUACCUUCUUUUUUACGUACCACCUUACCCUUCAAAAAUGGCUGCAGCCUAUUACUUUACACUUUAUACGAUGAAACAUGUCCGGAAAGUAAAUUUAUUGCCUCCGUAUGCAACUAAAUGAGUCGUCACAGCCUUCGUAGGUACCCAUAAAACUAUAGAGCUAUUAUAGUAAUUCAGUGCCAGCUAGGUCGAAGCGUUUUUUUCCUAACUUUAGUGCCCAAGCUUGGGCGCAGUUCGCGGAGUACCUUUGUUGUGGCCAAAAUAAGGAACUUUUUCCUUGUUUUCUACUUCAGCGACGCGACUGGCGCAGCGACAGAAUGCUCAUUAUUUUUCCGACAGACUGAUAUAACGGGUAAAUUUUGUGGUCCCUUGCGAUUUCCUUUGAAAUUUUUUUCUUGGGGUACCUCUCAUUUUUCUUCAUAAAAAAUGUUUUUACGAGGUUUUAGAAUCCUAAUUUAUUAUGUUUUAUCAAAAAUUACCGUAAAACCUGACCUCAAAAAUUAACGAAAGAAUCAAAAAUUAACUAAUUACUCGCCCAUUUUCUACAUCUAACUUGUUGAAGCCGGUUACAUUUUUUUUAUUUUCUUGAAGAAUAUGUAAUCAAAAUCAGAUGGUUUCAGGUGGCCCCGAGUCUGGAAAGAGUACAAUAUUCAAACAGAUGAAGUAAGUUUGCACUUUGAAUUAGAUUCUCUACAGACAUUGUUUCAUUUGCAUAUUCAAACGGGUCUAGCGUAAUGCCAAAUUGGGCCGAGAAAUGGCACUUUUUUGAGCCUUGCACUUUUCGGGUAAAAAACCGGAUGUUGGAGGGGUCUCUCCUCAUUUUUUGUACUCUCUUGUGUGAAACAUCAUUUGUUAAGCGUCUUGACUGCUGCUUUACUGUUUAGCUUGAGAAUAGGCGUCUCAAAUAUUCAACAGUCUUUACCACGAGAGAUUACGGAAAGUUAGGAGAGACGUCAAAGAGUAAAAGAAAAAACAAAUUAAUUUUUUAGCAUAAAGCUGGCUAAAACAGCAGGAAAAAUAAGGGGAGGAAAGGUAAAAUACGUUCUUCACACCGAAAGGGAUCGGCGAAAACAAGUUAUCCUAACAGGGGAAGUACUCCAAGUGCAACGCCCAGAUUUUGAUGAAACUUGGCACAAAUUUAGAAUAAUUUUGCACGCCUAUUUCUACCGUAAAGGAUAAUGUUUCUACAAAAAAUCAAAUUUUUUCCGCACAAAACUGCCAAAGUUAUGGCCAAAAAGCGUUUUCCUCACUGACCGCUCUCCACGUUUCACGUGCUCUCUCGGCGGAAAAAAUCGUUCUUUAUCUCGGCGGCGCCCGCAAAGCGCGAGCUAAAGCUUUCAGGAAUUGAUAUUUAGUCCAUACCCGACGAUUUAAAGAAAACCUGAGCGUCGCACUUGGAGUACUUCCCCUGUAAGUGCAACGGUCAAAAAACCUUUUUUAUAUUUUUCACUCACGUUGUGCAUUGGCCACAUAUAAAUUCCUGAAAGCUUUAGCUCAUGCUUUGCAGGGCGGACGAGAUAUUGAUCUUUGCCGUCGAGUGAGUACGCAAAACGCGGAGAACUGGCAGAGAAAAGCACUUUUUAGGCCAGUUCCGCAUUAAAAAAUGAACUUUUUUGUGAAAAAUUAUACUCGAAGGUAGAAAAUGGGACAAAAUUUUUCAUAUCAAAAUUCGCAAAAAAAGUGUCACAUUUUUGCCAACUUUCGAUCAAAAAACAACAAAUUGCACAGUGCAAAGCAAGCUCUCCUUUUUGCACAGUGCAUUUCUCAAAAGCCAUUUCAGCGACUUUGCAAAUGGACUAGUACUGAAGUUCUAAUCAAAAUUAAAUUCCAUUACCCACAACCUUUUAUUUUUCCAGGAUCCUCCACAUGAACGGCUUCUCCGAAGCCGACAUGCUCAACUUUCGCUAUUUAAUUUAUGCGAACACAACGCAAGCCUUGUAUCAGCUGUUGGAGGGAGCAAAAACAUUGAGGAUUGAGGUGGACGAGGAGGUUAUGCAUGACGUCAUGCAUUUCCGCAAUUAUUUUGAUAACACUUUACCGUACGAGCUGGAAAUGGACGGGGAGUUGGCGGAGAAAAUGCAGCGGAUCUACGAAAGCCGCUUCAUCAAGGCCGUGUUGCUACGACAGCAUGAGAUUGUGCUUCUGGAUAGUGCUGUAUAGUAAGAUUUUUUGGAAAAAUUUUGAAUUUUUGGAGACAUUUUGAUACUUUUUUUCAAAAAUGAUGAUUUUGAAACUGCAGGGUCUUACAAAAAACGUGAAGGAAAGUGGAAGGCUAUAACUUCCGGCAGAGGCGGCGCGGAAACUUCGUAUUUGAAAUAUGUAUUUUUAAAAGACAUAAGUUUUUGUCCACGAAAUAACAAGCUCUUAAAGUCCAAACUGAGGUCGCUACGACCCUCUGAAGUAGAGGCAUCUCCACCCCGAAAACCAGGUUUUUUCGGUUGAAAAUGGGGGGUUUCGAUAUGGGUGAUGUUGAAAAAGAGGAGGAAAGUGCCAACACUUGCAAUUUUUUCGACGUUUUCUUAAAGACUGCAUCAACAAACCCUCAAAAAAUCCGACAUUUCCUGGUGGUUUUCAACCGAAAAAGUCCGAAAUUUCUCGAUCAUUUUCAACCGAAAAAACCUGGUUUUCGGGGUAGAGAUGGCUCUACUUCAGAAGGUCGUAGCGACCUCAGUUUGGACUUUAAAAGCUUGUUAUUUCGUGGACAAAAACUUAUGUCUUUUAAAAAGACAUAUUUCAAAUACGAAGUCUCCGCGCCGCCUCUGCCGGAAGUUAUAGCCUUCCAAUUUCUUUCACGUUUUUUGUAAGACCCUGUAAAAAUCAAUUUUUUCCAGUUUUCUCGACAAAAUCAAAGAAAUUGGGUCGCCCGGUUUCCACCCAAGUCAUCAGGAUGCCCUGAGGGCACGAAUAGCCACCACUGGAAUCAACGAAAUCGAAUUUAACUACAAAAAAGUGACGCUGAAAAUGGUCGAUGUGGGUGGGCAAAGGUCCGAACAGCGGAAAUGGAUCCAUUGUUUUGACAAUGUAAAUGGACUACUGUUCAUUGCGGAGCUCUCAGGAUACAAUCAAAUGCUCAAUGAUGGAGAGAGAACUGUGGUAAGACGGAACUUUUUUGAUGCUGAUUUUUUGCACUGUGCAAAAAAAUUUUUGGUUUGAAUGCACAGUGCAAAAAGUUUAAAAAUUUCAUUUUUUCGAUUGAAAAAAUCUUACAGUCCAAAAAAUUUUCUACUUCAAAUUUUUUUGCAAAAAAAAUCAGUUUCGACUGCACUGUGCAAAAAUUUUUUAGCGCACAGUGCAAAAAAAACUGAAAUUUUUUUUAUCGCACAGUGCAAUAAACUAAAAAAGUUUACUGCACGGUGCAGAAUUUUUUACCAAAUGACGAGAAAAUGCACUGUGCAAUAUUUUUUUAUUUUUGCUGCGACAUGCAGAAAAAAAGUUUUUUGGAUUGCACACUGCCAAAAAAGGGAAAAAAUGGAAUUGCAAAAAUGUUUUUUCCGAUUGCACUGUGCACUAAAAAAUUGUGCCAAAAACGAAGAAAAUAUGCAAUUGCACAGUGCAAAAAAAAUUUUUUUUUUUUUUUUUUUUUUUUGAAAAGUGCAAUAAAUUCAAAGUUUUUUAUUCCGAUUGCACUGUGCGAAAAUUUUUGUCACCGCACAGUGCGAAAAACCAAAAAAAAUUGCAUAGUGCAAAACCAUCUCAAAACCCAAAGAAAAAUUUUUCCACUUUAGAACCGGCUAAAAUACAGCAUGUACUUGUUCAAACGGAUAGUCAACAACCCGUGUUUUGGCAAGAAAACAGCGAUUAUUUUAUUCUUGAACAAAGUGGACAUCUUCCGUGAGAGAUUGAGCGUCUUUCCGCUAACUGUGUGCUUCAAAAGUUAUUCCGGUGAGACUUUCGAACAUCCCAAGAUCGUAUUUUACAAAAAAAAAUUUUUUUUAAAUCCUAACUUUAGGGCCGAAUACCUACGAAAGUUCGGCAAACUUUGUUACCGACCGGUUUAUGACCGUAGUGCCGGCGGAAAUCCAGGAAAAACGACCAGUCUACACUCACUACACGAAUGCCACGGAUACGCGAAAUAUCGACCGAGUUUUCGACUCCUGCAUCGACGUUGUCUUCAAGUUGUCUAUGGAAAAAGUCGGGUUCUUAUAG